AUGCUCUCUCACGCCGACCUCCUGGAUGCUCGGCUCGGGAUGAAGGAUGCUGCAGAGUUACUCGGACACCGAGAGGCUCUCAAGUGCCGGCUGGGUGGUGGAGUGCAAGACCAGGGGCAUCCGGGAGACAUGGCCCCUGGUUCAGACUCUGUGGAGGGAACCACUCUCCUGCCGGGAGAAGACAUCGCUACUGUGGGAUCCAACUCUGCCGGCAUGCCUGUGAACGGGAAGGAGCAGGAGAAGCAGCAACAGCAACCGCAGCAGAGCUCCGGACAGACCUCCAGUCAGCAGAAACAGAAGCGGCACAGGACGCGCUUCACCCCGGCGCAGCUCAACGAGCUGGAGCGCAGCUUCGCUAAAACCCACUACCCUGACAUCUUCAUGCGGGAGGAACUGGCGCUGAGGAUCGGCCUCACUGAGUCCAGAGUUCAGGUUUGGUUCCAGAACAGACGCGCUAAGUGGAAGAAAAGGAAGAAGACCACCAAUGUUUUCCGCGCCCCGGGGACGCUGCUCCCAACCCCAGGCCUGCCACAGUUCUCGGCCGCGGCCGCCAUGGAGAACAGCCUGUGCUCCUUCCACGCCAACGACUCUCGCUGGGCCACGGGGAUGCCGGGGGUCUCCCAGCUGCAGCUCCCGCCGUCCUUGGGUCGCCAGCCUGGCAUGCAGUCCCUGUCACAGUGCAGCCUGGGUCCAGGCCCGCCACCCAACUCGAUGGGUCUCUCCAACGGCCUGUCCUCCAACGGCUCCGGUCUGCAGUCCCACCUCUACCAGUCGCAUUUCCCCGGAAUGUCGGCAUCUCUCUCCGGCCCCACGAACGUAUCGGGCUCCCCGCAGCUGUGUAGUUCCCCGGACAGUGACAUGUGGAGAGGGACAAGCAUCGCGUCACUGCGGCGCAAAGCGCUGGAGCACACAGUGUCCAUGAGUUUCACUUAG